AUGGAGUUUCCCGGAGGAAACGACAAUUACCUGACGAUCACAGGGCCCUCACACCCCUUCCUGUCAGGGGCCGAGACAUUCCAUACACCAAGCCUUGGUGAUGAGGAGUUUGAAAUCCCACCCAUCUCCUUGGAUUCUGAUCCGACACUGGCUGUCUCAGAUGUGGUUGGCCACUUUGAUGAUCUGGCAGACCCAUCCUCCUCUCAGGAUGGCAGCUUUUCAGCCCAAUAUGGGGUCCAGACAUUGGACAUGCCUGUGGGCAUGACUCAUGGCUUGAUGGAGCAGGGCGGGGGGCUCCUGAGUGGGGGCUUGACCAUGGACUUGGACCAUUCUAUAGGAACUCAGUAUAGCGCCAACCCACCUGUUACAAUUGAUGUACCAAUGACAGACAUGACGUCUGGCUUGAUGGGGCAUAACCAGUUGACCACCAUUGAUCAGUCCGAACUGAGUUCUCAACUUGGUUUAAGCUUAGGGGGUGGUACCAUUCUUCCACCUGCCCAGUCACCUGAGGAUCGUCUUUCAACCACCCCUUCACCUACUAAUUCACUUCAUGAGGAUGGUGUUGAGGAUUUCCGGAGGCAACUUCCUAGCCAGAAGACAGUUGUUGUGGAAGCAGGGAAAAAGCAGAAGACCCCAAAGAAGAGGAAAAAGAAAGAUCCUAAUGAACCUCAGAAACCAGUUUCAGCAUAUGCCUUAUUCUUUCGUGAUACACAGGCUGCCAUCAAGGGACAGAAUCCCAAUGCCACUUUUGGAGAAGUUUCAAAAAUUGUGGCAUCCAUGUGGGACAGUCUUGGAGAGGAGCAAAAACAGGUAUAUAAGAGGAAAACUGAGGCUGCCAAGAAAGAGUAUCUAAAAGCUCUGGCUGCUUAUAAAGACAAUCAAGAGUGUCAGGCCACUGUGGAAACUGUAGAGCUGGAUCCAGUGCCACCAUCACAGACUCCUUCUCCACCUCCUGUUGCUACUGUUGACCCGGCAUCUCCAGCACCAGCCUCAACAGAGCCCCCUACCCUGUCUCCUUCCAUUGUUGUUAACUCUACUCUUUCAUCCUAUGUGGCAAAUCAGGCAACUUCUGGGGCUGGGGGUCAGCCUAAUAUCACCAAGUUGAUUAUUACUAAACAGGUGUUGCCCUCAUCUAUUACCAUGUCCCAAGGAGGGAUGGUUACUGUUAUUCCAGCCACAGUGGUGACCUCCAGGGGGAUCCAACUAGGCCAAAGCAGCACAGCUACUAUACAGCCCAGUCAACAAGCCCAGAUUGUUACUCGGUCAGUGUUGCAGGCAGCAGCAGCUGCUGCUGCUUCUAUGCAACUACCUCCACCCAGACUACAACCACCUCCAUUGCAACAGAUGCCUCAGCCCCCCACUCAGCAGCAAGUGACCAUUCUGCAGCAGCCUCCCCCACUCCAGGCCAUGCAACAGCCUCCACCUCAGAAAGCUCGAAUCAAUUUACAGCAACAGCCACCUCCUCUGCAGAUCAAGAUUGUGCCUGGACCCACUCUGAAAAUGCAGACCACCUUAGUCCCACCAACUGUGGAAAGUAGUCCUGAGCGGCCUAUGAACACAAGCCCUGAGGCCCAUACGGUGGAGGAGACCUCUACUGAUACGAUCUGUGAGAUGAUCACAGAUGUAGUUCCUGAGGUUGAGUCUCCUUCUCAAAUGGAUGUUGAAUUGGUGAGUGGGUCUCCAGUGACGAUCUCACCCCAGCCUCGCUGUGUGAGGUCUGGUUGUGAGAACCCUCCCGUUGCGAGUAAGGACUGGGACAAUGAAUACUGCAGCAAUGAGUGUGUGGUGAAGCACUGCAGGGAUGUCUUCUUGGCCUGGUUAGCCUCUAGAAAUUCGAACACAGUGGUGUUUGUAAAAUAG